AUGCAACCAGCACGACCCCCGCCCCGAGCGCCGGGCAGCUUUAGCCCUCUCCCGGGCUCGACAGCUUCCAACGCACCGUCACCACAACGUCCACGACCGCCCGUACGUACCGAGUCGUCGUCGAGCGAAGAGAGUCUCUCGAUCAAUUUCGUAAAGCCGCGAACUCACGCACCGAGCGCGCCCACACAACCUUCUUCGGGAACCCCAAUCUAUGCUCAGUUCUCCCAGGCCAACUCGAGUACCGCGAGCCUGCAGAACUUUUCGCGCCCGACUGCUCAGAGGUCGGGAACCACGCCUGGAGGCCCAUCGGGUCACAGCUUGGGAGGAGGAAACGAUCCGAGCGUGAGCGCGAAUGCUGUCACUGCUGCGCGCACGGCGAGCCCUUUCACCAAAGGCCACUCGAGGAAACAUAGCCAGACACCCGGUCUGUUCGACUCGACGCUGCCCUCGACGAGCACAUCGAACCUGUCCCAAGUGGGCAUGUCGCACCCGUCCGCCAACUCGUCUUCCACAAACCAACAUCAGCAUCACCACCCAAGCCCCGCCCUUUCGGCAAGCCACAUCGCGGCGCAGGCUGCCUUUCAGCACCAGACUAGCCAGCAGCAACAACAGCACCAGCAGCUUCUGCACGUCCGGCAGCGGUCGCAGACUGUCCCGAACCCGGCCAACGGCGACGGUGACAACGUAAGGAGGGGGAGCAACGGAAAGGGCCCGCUCAGCCCGCCUAUGCUAAGCCUGACCGAGGCAAGCGGUCCACGAGAGAACGCUUUUGGGACCCAGGGAUACCAUAAAGGUCUUUUGGGAAGCCAUUCGGCCGCCGCGACCUCGGCCGCGAACGCAGCCGCGAACGCAGCCUUCCCGCGAUCGGGCCAGACUUCACCAGGCUUGCCGCAGCAGCAGCAGCUACACAAUCCCGGCCAACCUCCACCCCAGCUGAUCCCAGAUUCGAAACCGGUGAAGCCAGAAAAGUCAAAGGUCAAGCUGUUCUCACGUCCAGUCAAGAUCGGCACCAAGGGCGACCCCAAGGACAAACCGCUCCCUAGCCCGAGCAAGAUCGGCAGCGCGCUCGCUUCGUUGCAGCGAGGAAACUUCAGCACGAGUAGUCUAAUCGACACCAGCGGCCAGUCAAUCUACAACCUGAACAACUCGUCCUCGGCCACCAUCCGCGCGGUGCCCGAAACGCCCACCAUGGAAAAGGAGGGCAAGGAAAAGGAAAAGAAGCAUCACUUCCUGUCGCGGCAAAAGCACAAGCUCAAGGAUGACUACCAUCUUCCGCUGUCUUCCGCAUCGAGCAACUCAAAACCCACAGACCCCAGUGCCCCCUCGAGUUUGUACAGUUUCAACUUACCCCCUAGUCCGGCCCCGACUGCAACGUCGUUUGGCAAGGCGCGGCGGGACAAGAAGACUGAAAAGGAGAGCAGCAACCUCAACGUCGAGUCAAGCUCGCUCCCGUCAGAAUGGCCAGGGCCGAGCAGCCUACCGAGCCUGACGCACCAGUCGUCGUAUCUCUCCGAACCAAUCGACGCAGGCAAGUACGGCCUCAACAGCAUGGCGCUCGACGAUGCCUGGCCGUACUUGAAGGCAAAGAUGCUCGUCAUAUUCGAAGGCGAGGAUUUGCGACAGCCCGUGGAGGAUUUCAACCGAUUAGUCGCUUUACACAUACAGUAUUGUAUUCAGCGCAGGUCACCCAACAUCAUCCUGGAGGACUUGCGCGAGCUUCUCGCGACCGGCUUCGCGUCCUUGGACAUGACCCUCAGGCGUACGCAAGAGGACAAGGUCAUUCCGGCUCUCGUCGAGAUGUGGCUCAUCACCUACACCUCCAUCCUGCCCUACAUGCAGGCCGUCUUCCUACCCCUAGACCUAGAGUUCUCGGGCUGCGGCGUGCUCAUGAACCCCGACCAAGCCCGCGACUUCUGGGGUGGCAUCAAGGCACCGUCUUCCGAUAGCGCACCGUAUGUCAGUCCCGCAUCCGCCGUUCUCGACGUACGCCGCAUUGUCCUCACAGCAUAUCGCGACAUCGUCAUCCUCCCCCGAUACGACUCACUCAAGGCCAUCUUCUCCCGACUAUCUCUCGAAUUCCUCCCUUCCUCGUUCGCCUCCCUAGCCCUCGCCUCCCCGCUGCCAGACCCGGCGCUCUCCUCUAGCCCGGCAGACACCAUGAACAUGAUGCGCCCGGGCACAGCCAUGAGUCUGGACCCCUCUGUUGCGAGUUACAACUCCAACGCGACGACGCUCCUAGGCGACGGCAGCGCGGGAGGCGGUGGCGGUGGCGGCGGCGGCGGCGGACGCAGCCGUGGCCUCAGCAAUGUCAGCUACGCCAGCGGCGGGAGCGAUGGGCAGCUGCGGCCGUUCACACGCGAGCAGAACGUUGAGGACUCUAAGCAAGUUACCGAGAUGGUCGGGCGCAUGCUACAGUGCAUGAGCAUCCUCGCCAGCAUCGGCGGCGUGGCCGGCGACGGCAGUGACGAGGGGAACAGGCGCAUGGAGGAGCUUUGCCGUCUGCUGAAGCUUAACUGGCUCGGCAGGGGCCGGACGGGGAGGAACCGGAGGGGUAUUGUUGGCGGCAGGCGGCGGGAGAUCCCCGAGUCUAUCAGGGAAGGAUUGCGCGUCGUUUGA